AUGACAACCAAUCAAAAGAAAUUUUAUUGUGUCUUUGAAAACUGUAAUAAAAGUUUUGCAAGCAAUGCAGCUCUUCAAGUACAUUUAAAUAGACACAACAACAUUAGACCUUUUAAAUGCACGAUUUGUAAUAGAGCGUUUUUUAGAAAAGCGAAUUUAACUGAACAUAUAAAAAAUAUUCAUACCGGUGAGAAUAAGAUGACAUGUGAACGAUGCAGGAAAGUCUAUGCCUGUAAAAAAACUUUUGAUGAUCAUACAUGUGCUAUAGAAGAAGAACUUAAAUGUGGUAAGUGUAAUAAAAGAUUCAGUAAACUGGGUUUUAAAGAUAAACACAUGAGAGAUAAACAUGGUUCACUCUUCCGGCCAAAAACUAUUAGUAAAUGUAGCAUCUGUUCUCUAGAAUACGCUAAUUAUUCUUCUUUUAAAUCACACAUUGUUAAUAUUCAUAACGGAUUCGGAUAUAAAUGUGAUGUUUGUGAUGCUAGAUUUAGACUUCUUAAAGAAUUUAAAGCACACGCGUGUCAACAAAAAUAA